UUCGGGGACUCACAUCGCUUCGUAUGUAUGUACGCCUCACACCGACGCCUCGGCCUCUUCCGGUUGACUAUAACGUUGGGGGAUUUUAGGGCUCCUUUUCUUCCAUUUUUUUUUUAUUUUGGUCGAAUUUCUCCUACUGAGAUAUUUAUUUAUUUAUUUUCGCUUCAGAUCCCCUAAUUUCCAUCGCAGAUCUCGAUUUUGAGAAAAUAAAAGCCGAGCCCUGCACAUUUUCCCCCAGAUUAAUCUGCGCCCAUUUUUUUUUGUUGUGAAUUGUAGGCUAUUGUGUUUGUUUAUGUGAGGAAAAGCUGUUGAUUUUAGGGUUCAUUUGUUUGAUUAAGGUUUGAACCUGCAAAUAAAGGGAGGAUUGUUCGUUUCCUCAUUGGGUUUUGAGGUCGAAUCGUUUGAUUUUUUCUGUUGGCUGGCUGCUAAAAGAUUUCAAAUUCUUUGUGGAUAUCGAGCUUUGCCUUGCGGCUGCAUUGAUCUUAAUCGAAGGCAUUUCCCUCUAUUUUGCCGUAAACUUGGGGUAAAAAUAGAGAACUAGGGUUUUCUAUGAAUGGGGGUUUGGGGUUUGGAAGAUGUGCAGAAUAGAGAGAGAGGAUUGCUUGGAUCCAGAAUACUGUGACGAGAAUCAUUAUCAGCACCAAAAUCAUCACCAUCAUCAUCAUAUGGGCCUGAACAGCGAUCUGAGGGCUUCAGAGAAGGGGAAGGGAUCGAUGGUAUCGAGAUCGAGGAUGAAGCUUUGGAUGAUUAGGGGGACGACCACGAUUCUGUUGUGGACUUGUGUUAUGCAGUUGACGGCAAUGGGGGAGCUCUGGGGGCCGAGAGUACUGAAAGGGUGGCCUUCUUGCUUCACCCCCUCGGAUUCUCCGCUGCCCUUGAAACCCCCCUCCUCUCGGCCCGUGAAAACAUCCUCGUCGGCGCCCGCGAAGGCCUCGUCGGCGUUGCCUCUCCCCGUAAAUCCCUCUUUAUCCUCGUCGUCUUCGGUCUCUUCGGUCGUGGAGAGGAUUCCUCUUCCGCCCAAAAGAAUAUACAAGAAUAAUGGUUAUCUAAUGGUGUCAUGCAAUGGAGGACUUAAUCAAAUGCGAGCAGCUAUAUGUGAUAUGGUUGCUAUUGCGAGAUAUUUGAAUGUGACCCUGAUUGUACCAGAGUUGGACAAGACCUCUUUUUGGAAUGAUCCUAGUGAGUUUCAAGAUAUAUUUGAUGUCGAUCAUUUUAUCAUGUCAUUAAGAGAUGAGGUUCGAAUACUAAAAGAACUUCCCCCAAGGUUAAAGAGAAGGGUAGAGCUGGGGAUGUAUUACUCCAUGCCCCCUGUUAGUUGGUCUGACAUCUCUUACUACCAACGCCAGAUUCUACCUUUAAUUCAGAAGUUCAAGGUAGUUCAUUUGAAUAAAACUGAUGCUCGACUGGCAAAUAAUGGCCUGCCAUUGGAGAUCCAAAAACUACGGUGCCGAGUAAAUUUUGCUGCCCUAAGAUUUACUUCUCAGAUUGAAGAAUUGGGUAGCAGAGUGAUAAACUUGCUGCGCCAAAAUGGCCCUUUUCUUGUUCUCCACCUCCGAUAUGAAAUGGACAUGCUGGCUUUCUCUGGCUGCACACAAGGUUGCACCAACGAGGAGGCAGAGGAAUUGACUAGAAUGAGGUAUGCAUAUCCUUGGUGGAAAGAAAAAGUUAUCAAUUCUGACAUAAAAAGGAAGGAUGGCCUCUGUCCUUUGACGCCUGAAGAGACUGCUCUUGUACUUAAGGCACUCGAUAUUGAUCGUAGUAUCACCAUAUAUAUUGCUGCUGGGGAAAUUUAUGGAGGAGCAAGGCGAAUGGCUAGUCUUACCUCAGCUUAUCCUAAUGUGGUGAGAAAGGAAACACUUCUUGGACCAUCAGAUCUUAGAUUUUUCCAAAACCACUCAUCGCAAAUGGCAGCGCUAGAUUAUUUGGUCUCGCUAGAGAGUGAUAUCUUUGUGCCUACAUAUGAUGGUAACAUGGCCAAAGUGGUCGAAGGGCAUCGCAGAUACUUGGGCUUCAGGAAGACGUUCCUAUUGGAUCGGAAACUUUUAGUUGAGCUUGUAGACAAGUACGCCAGUGGAUCAUUAGGUUGGGAUGAGUUCUCUUCAGCAGUGAAGGCAGCCCAUUCAAAUCGAAUGGGAAAGCCUUCAACGAGAGCUAUAAUACCCGACAGGCCCAAGGAAGAAGAUUACUUCUACUCUAAUCCCCAGGAGUGCCUAGUGUCACACGGUGAUGAUGAUGAUGAACCACGGACUUCUUCAACUGAGUCUCUCUAGUUUGCCUGAUGAUGAAGAUGAUUUGAAAAGGUUCAACACAUCGGAGGUGGCUGGUAUUUAUACGUAGCUGUGAUGAUAUAUAACGAAGGGCUUUAUUUUUAUAUUUUUUUUUCAAUAAAGAUUUCAUUCUUGUAUAGAGGGGUGAGGGUGUGAAGAGAGAGAGAGAGAGGAGGUCUUUUUGCCAGCUGCUGCGUAAUGUACAAUAAAUACAGAUUGAAAACAAGAGGAUGGGGGGAGAGAGAAGGGAGGGAGAGAAACAAUCACUUUUGGUUAUCAUAUCCUUCAGUUGUGGGAAUUUUGUGGUAGGUUAUUUUUCCAGUUCGUCAGCUAAUUCUUUUUGUCAUUUGAGACCUCUGUAUCUUUCUUCUUUGUCAUUCUUUGUUCCAGAUUUUGUUUGUAUGAAUUUUUACAUAAUUCUAUGAUGUCAUUAAUCAUUGUGGACUA